ACAACCAAUGCCUAUCCAUCACCUGACUAUAUUAGAAUCGAAAAUAACGGGUGAAAGGUUCGAAACCCAUCGGCUUUGUUACAGGAGUCACUCACCGGAGGCAAGCAAAUAAUUGGACCACGUAUAACAAAAAUUGUUAUAUAACAUGUGAUUUCUCUCUGUGAUUAAACUACGUGCCUAUAAAUAAGUGUAGCAGAUUGCAUCCGGACACAAACACUUCCGAGUGGGCCACCGACGAAUCUCCAGCAAGAUGUGGUUUAAAAUUAUACAUGGAAUUACCUUCAUUACUUUAUGUUCUGGAGCUCCACCCACAUAUCCAGAAGCAACAUCGAAUGUAGCUACUUAUUCACAUAGUUAUGUAAGAGAAGAUGUCCCGUUAUCCUAUAAGUACAGCGCGACACAUCACUACGCUCCACAGAAAGCAGAAGAGAACAUCUUAAAUACAGACGAAGAUACUCCGAAUAGGAAUGAAGAUUUUGCAAAGGAGCCGAACGUAUCAUACCACGAUUACUCUUUCCUUAGGCCGUUGAGUAACAGAACUAUCCAAUUUGCUCCAGUUAUGAAAACAAACCCUAAUCUUUCUCCAAGAGAAGAUGCUUAUUCAUCAACGCCCAUCUUGUAUACUUCAGUUGAUCCUAACUCAGUCACUGACUAUGGAAAAUUUGAAAUUAAUAAUCAUUCAUCUUCAUUGUCCUUGAAAUUGGAGCCAGAACGUAUUUCAAACGAUACGAAGAACAUUAGUCCUACUACUUACAAGCCACAUAUAAAUCAUGAUGUCAAAAUUUUGCAUUCACAUCAUUCACAUCUAAGACCAAAUUUCUACAGGACUUUGUACACGGAACCGUUGGUGUCAAUGUCUACGACACCGAUAUACGAAAUGGCAGCCUUGCGUCAUUUGGCAAUCUUCCAUAAACUUCAGCAGCAACUAGACCAGCACCUCGAAACAACUACAACUGAGAAUCCAAAACUUUCGCAUGUACUUAAUCUUGGCGUCAGAAUUUUGCCAAAGCAGGGGACUCCCUUUAUGACCGUGCCACACGAGCUGAGUAGAAACACGCCGUUCCAACCGAUUCCGCGUAUAGCUUAUCAUAACAAGUUUAAUUACAUUCCCGAGAAGCUGGGAAGACCCGAAAUGUACUCACGUUACUUGAAUAAUUCUAUUAAGCAUUUAAAUUUUAAUGCGAGCGCUUAAGCUAUGAACCUAUAGAGGCAUUUUGCGCGGUGUGAGAUGAGAACUCGCGUACGAGUUUCAUUACAUUGCGGUUUAGUAACCUCAACUCAACAGUCUCAACAGACCGCAAUGAAACUAAGUUCGCAUUGCAUACCAUUGUACAGUAUAGCAUAAGUAAUUUCGUUACAGCAAGGCAAGCACAUGAUAAGCGCAACCCUAUAUCGCACGUGAGACAGUCUACCCGUCGCAUUCUAAUCAAUGCAGUUGGAAAAGUACAUGUAAACUAUAUCGCGGGCGAUAUACUAUUGCACCCAUCACGUGUUUGCCUUGCAGCAAAAGUAGUUUUACUUGACAUUGAAUCGUUUAAUUUAUUUUUAAUUAUAUUUACUUAAGUUAAAUGUGUCUAUUAAAAUCAAGUAAAAUAAUUAUGUUCAACCUAAAUUAUUUUAUUAAUUUGAUAAGUGAAUUAACCUACAUGAUUCACUAAUCAUAAUAUUCAUAAUACACUACACAUACAACACAGUGAUAUUUAUGAAUUGGUAUUUGAAUUCAAAUUUGGUAAUUUGGAAAAAUGGUAUUCAUAUUCUACAUUGUUUUAAUAUUUUAAUGGCAUAUUUUAAGUGUAAGUAUUUAAGUUUGACAUUGUUAAUUGAUUAUUGUUGUAUCAUUUGUAACUAAUGAAAGUCAUGAAUGUAUGUUGUAUUAUAAUGCCAAUUAGCACGUAAGGUUAAUCUGUUAGUGCCAACUGA